CCCACCCAGCAGCAGUGUCACAGUAGUACGCUGUGCUCUCGUAUACGGCGGGUGAAUGGUGUCCCGGGUACAAGUAAAUUCGUUCUGCGACGUUUCUGACGUUUGUUAAUCGGUGCGUCGUCGAUUCCGCGCAAGAUAUCGCGGUGUAGAAGUAUCGUCCACCGAGAAAUCUCAAGGAACACCGUGACGAGGGAGUUUAAAAAGAAUCAGCGAACGAGGAAAGAUGAUGGGGAUGCUGGUGCCCGCACUGCUGGGCGUCUUGGUGGUCUGCCGGGUCCAGGCGGUGUCGGAGAGGCUCGAGUUGGCACCCGCUGGAGGAAGAUCUGAGCCCCAGGUGGCCACAUUAUGCGAAGCUGGAGAGGUGUAUCUGGCACAGCACAUGGGCGAACAGGGUCGUUGGGUUUCCUCGACCGACAAGAAAAGCUGCAUGACGGAUAAACUGGAGAUCCUCGAAUAUUGCAAAAAGGCAUACCCGAAGAGAGACAUCACUAACAUCGUUGAGUCCUCGCACUACGUGAGGGUUAGUGGAUGGUGCAAACCAGGAAGGACCAAAUGUAAAUUGUCACGUUGGGUCAAACCUUACAGAUGCCUCGAGGGACCAUUCCAAAGUGACGCGUUACUCGUGCCAGAAGGUUGCCUCUUCGACCACCUCCACAAUCAAACUAAAUGUUGGGAAUCCCACAGAUGGAACACAACCGCCGCAGACACCUGCAGAGAAAGAAACAUGAACCUGAGGAGCUUCGCGAUGCUACUACCCUGCGGUAUCUCCUUGUUCUCCGGUGUCGAGUUCGUGUGCUGCCCGAAACACCUGAAAGAAAAUAUGAAAGCCAAGAAGCCGAUCGAUUUGCCGAUUCCGAAAGGUGUGGACGAGGACCUAGACGAGGACGAAGAUGACCUUGAUGACGAGGAUGACAUGGGUGCCGACGCGGAUGACGAAGAUGAUUCCGAUGCUGAUUCUGAGGACGUGCUUAACGACCAACCUGACGAUGAUGAAAGCGAUGAGGAAUAUCUCGACGAUUACGACACCACGACAAGUCGGUUACCUACAACAAUCUCAACAAUAGAGAAACCAAAACAAGAUGCGACUGCGAUGCCGUUGCCAGUCAGCACCAGCACACAGCAGUCUUCUCAGUCACAAAGCACACCUGAUCCAUAUCUGACACAUUUUGAUCCCCGUUCAGAACACCAGAGCUACAAGCAAGCACAAAUGAGGCUUGAAGAGGUGCACAAGGAGAAAGUGACAAAAGUGAUGAAGGAUUGGAGUGAUCUCGAGGAGAAAUAUCAGGACAUCCGUGCGCAUGAUCCGAUCGCUGCUGAUGCGUUCAAACGAUGGAUGACCACACGGUUCCAGGAGACUGUUGCUGCCCUGGAAGAAAGUGGAGCCGCCGAGAAGCAUCAACUUAGCGCUAUGCAUCAGCAAAGAGUGCAAGAAGCGGUGAAACAAAGGAACGACGAAGCAAUGUCCUGCUACACUGCUGCUUUGAACGAGACACCACCAAACAUGCAUCGCAUCCAGAAGUGUCUGCAGAAACUUCUUCGAGCUCUGCACAAAGAUAGACAUCAUACCAUUGCCCACUACAAACAUCUGUUAGAUAGCAGCUUGGAACAAGCCCAACGAGAAAAACCUGCCACGUUAGAACACUUGGCGGAAAUCGAUAGAAUCACCAAUCAAAGUCUGUUGAUGCUAGAACGGUAUCCUGAUUUAAGCGCGAAAAUUGGCCGCCUUAUGGAUGAUUACGUUUUGGCCCUCAGGAGCAAAGAUGAGACUCCUGGACUGCUGCUAGCGAUGACACGAGAAGCGGAAGCAGCCAUCUUAGAUAAAUAUCAGGCUGACGUUACCAGCAAACAGCAAGAAAAAGAACAUCAGAAACAACUUGAACGAGCACGCAAAGAACAACGCAAAGCUGAACGAGGAGAAUUACGUACUGAACAGGCGCAGCAAGAAGAAAAUGACCCAAUAAACGAUAACAAAGAUACUCAACAGCAACCAGAACAACCCUCAGCUGUGGCUGCGAUGCACAGUGAAGGACUCAUUAGGGCAGCACACAGUAUGACGCAUGACAUUUCACAUUCUGAACCGGGUUACUCUGUGAGGAGAGAAGCUUAUCACAGGGAAAGUCGAUCCGUCUACUUUACACUUGCGUUUGCUGGAAUUGCACUCAUGGCUGCUGCUGUAGUAGGUGUUGCAGUCUUCAAAAGACGCAGUGCAAGGAGCCCUCAUAGUCAGGGUUUCAUCGAGGUAGAUCAAGCAGCCACACCAGAGGAACGGCAUGUUGCAAACAUGCAAAUUAAUGGAUAUGAAAAUCCUACAUACAAAUACUUUGAAGUUAAAGAAUAAUUGAAUCACCUUGGUCUACAAACAUUUUAUUUGAAAUUGGUCUUAAUUGUCCGUUCUCGCGUAUGUUCUUCAAAAAUCUCAUAGUAUUUUGUUAGUGUAAGAUAUCUUUCAGAUCCGAGGUUCUUCCGAAGAUUGAAACAAAACAAAGAAAAAAUAAUAAUGAAAGCAGUAUACAAAUCUACAUCUUAGUGAUACAUGGAAUACAAUCUGUCCAUAGGGAGAUAGGUUAUUGCGAAAACAGUAUCAUUGUUUCGUCGUCUCUUUAUAUCGCUCGUGGUGUACUAUGACCAUAUUUAACGAUUUAUGAUAUGUAUAAAGCAAUGUUAUAAUUAGAUAUAACAUCUAGUAGAUAGAAGUGAUAUGAGUUAUUAUCUGCUCGUACCAUGAGAAUUAUCUACGAGACAAUGUGAAAGGAAAACAACAUGCCAAUGUGCCAUAUGAAAAACGGGGAAAAAAAUUGUCUUCGGAAGUAUCUCACACACGUUGUUUUCGUUUCGUUGUCAUUACAUGUUAUUGAGAGCAACAAAACGCAGAAAGGAACGCUCGCAAUAUGAAAUCAAUUACUUCAUACAUCACUCAAAGAGUAUUACAAUCAAUCAAGAACACGGAUACUUAAUUGAUUUCGACGGGUUGCGAACACAAUGAGAAAUGAAAAGUAUCUCGCCGAUAAAGCGUUCAUGGUAUGUGUGCAGUUGCGCUCUUUGCUGUAUUUCUGAGUUCUGAUAUUUUUGGAGGUAUAGUAAAUGGCAAUAAAGGUUACGCAGCUUAAAUAAUACGUGAAAAAAGUGGUAGCAGCGGUAGCAGCUUGCACAGUGGCAACAUAAAUGUAUAAUCCGAUUUAAAAAAGCAAAAAUGAAAAAAAGACAAAAAAAGGGCAUACUACCUAGCACUAUACGCGAAAGAGGUUAUUAACGCUAUGACACUCUUAAAAAUAUCAGAACGGCAAUCGAUGCACGUUCACCUUCGUGAUGCAGCUGUUUUUUCAUCUCCGUUCGAUUCCCACUGCCUGAUUUUUUCAGCGACCUUUCAGUACUUAACGUCUACUUAGAUUAUACAACUUUAUACUUAAGAGAUUAAAGAAAAAAAAAGAAAUCAUGAACGUAUCUAAAGUUUAACAAAGGAGCAAGAUAUUUUAUCAUUCCAUACGAGAGUCCACUAUCUUAUCCGAGGUGCUGUCUGGAUGUAUGCACGGAAAAUAUUCGAUAGCUUUGUUCGACUUGGCCGAGUGACGUUCAUCUGAAACGCGAACGAAUCGAAAAGAGUCACGCCGAGGCUGUCGAAUAAGAGGAACAGUUAACUGGAGUUUUUUUGAGUGGCAAUUAGUACCUCCGAUUUAGGUCGAAUAAGUGGCGACUAUUUAAUGCAAGAGUUUCUCUCCUUUAUUUUCUUUUUAAUUUCAUCAUUCUUUUUCGAAAGAUGGUUCAUACAAUAAUUAUCUUAGGAUAUUAAUAUAUAUUAUAAUAUUAUAUAUAUUAUAUAUAAUAUAUAUGUAUUAAUAUAUAUUAUAUAUAUUAUAACGAUAAUAUAUUACAUGUUUAAUGCUUAUAUAUUUGUAUAUGGUCAAAUGGUAGUAGGCUGCACUUUAGCCAGGGUCGCGUGGGAAAGCAUAGCUUUCAAUAAAAUUUGCACGUUUUUAUUAAAUUAUAUAGUUCUUUACUUUCUUCUUAUCGACUAGCGUUAUAUUUAGCCUUAGUGCAAGUAUUGCGGUGAUAACCAACGGUUUAAGAUGCUUUAACUUUUUACUAAUUUCUGUGGACGUUGUACACUUGGAUGUAGACUUCCUUUGGUUAAGAACAAUUGUGAGGGAAAGACAUCCCAUCAUUUACCUUCAAUUUUAAAAAUUCAAACGUGAAUUUUAGAAAUUUCUAAGUUAGUAAAUUAAAAAAUUUCUAUAUGUGAAAAUUUGUAAUUGAAUGUUUACAAAUUUGAAAAUCCCUCAAUUUGAAGGUUUCUAAAAAUUUAUAAAAUGUACUCUUUUCCUCGCAUCGCUAUUUUUCCUAAGGAAGCCGUGCUCGCCAGUGUGCUAACUUCUGCGAUUUAAUAAUAAGAUUCAUUUAUUUAACGAUAAUUUUGCGAGAAAUAAAUUAAGCGUAUGCGCAAACACUCUAUAUCCUUGGAUUCCUAAGCGCACGUGAAGCAGCUGCCUUCCUAUUUAACGAAAUACAGUUUGUCUCACGCAACUCCGGUGAAAGAACGAGCCGAUAAAAGUAUGUAUACACAGGCACACACAUUCGCGCAUUGCUAAGUGUUAAAAAUAUUUUAGAUAUAUUAAAAUGAUAGCAAUUAACCGUAAUGUCUAUGGAUACAACAAAAGCAUAGCAUCAAUGCGUUAAUAAUAAUGUUCGUGUGCGCAUGUGUGUACGUGUGUGUGUAAUAUAUGAACAGAAUAUAUACAUAGAUAUAUACAUGUAUACCUAUCAAAUUAACUAUACAUUAUGUACCUAUAGCAUAUAGUCGUUAAAAUGAGAAGGAAACCAUUGACACAUCGCGUGUGAAACCUGACUUGAUACGAAUUCACAGAUAUUGAAGAGUAUAUAUACAUAUUGUACGUUUUCUUCGUUCAGACAAACACUGUACUUUCUUUCGAAUCGUAAUGUUCCAAUUAUGUAUAACGACUUCUAUCGGUUGUAAAAAAAGAUAAUAAAACGAAGGUGGUAUGCGAUCAUAUGUAUAACGGUUGGCCUACGUUGGCGGAUGUGUUGUUGCUCGUCAUACGUUAUAUUUGUCCAAGAAAUAUGAUGCGAACAACGCUUGUGAAGCAUGCCAAAUUUAUUUCACAUACCAUCUUUCAGUAUAACGUGA